AUGUGUAGCUACGUGGUAACAGAAUAUGCCUGCAAGCACGACUUGGUCCAUUCAACCGGCCUAUGCAAAGCAAAAAAGAACGGCAUCCCCUUUCCGCAUACAGUACAAUGCGGGACCACCGAGGUGAUUCGACGAGUUGAUGGCAAAUGUGGAGUCUGUGAAGCCCACAACAAGACUGAGGCAAAGGCCAGACAGGCCGCAGCCGCAAAUGCUGGCCAUUAUGCACCGCUGUCGUGGAGAAAGAAGAUAUUGAGCUUGAGCGACAAAGUUCUUGGGGAGCACCCAGGAUCUUUCGCUCCUCUCGCCGCUGCCGGCGUCGUUAAGUAUGAGGCGAAUAUUCCCAAUCCGACUCGGGGAAGAAGAAUUCGACCAGGACCACCGAACUUGGCGGGAAGGAGACGCCCACUCAAAGUCACGGCCUUGUUAGGCCCAGGUGAUAUUCCUUCUAUCAUUAUAGAGGAACCAGAAGAGAACGAAUCCAAGGAAAAGCUUGGGAAGAGCUGGUCAAUUGGGGAUGACCUGCCAUACCAGCAGGAACCCUGUUACAUGGUGAAGACUAUCACCCUGCCGGCACCUGGCUCUCAACUCGAUACCCUACCAUCGCAGUUUCAUCCUCUGCGCCAGAAUCCGCCUGGACGCGGCAUUCAGAGACAGAGUACUCGACAGAGACAACCCAAUCCUUCGACAAUCUGUAAGGUCGAAGGAGAGACCGGACGAAAGCCAGCGACUGCUACUGCUGCUGCAACUCCUCGCCAGCAGAAACUGGCGAGAAAACCACUUCCACCACGGCCACAGGAGAAGUAUGCAAUUGAAUUGCCUUCAGAAAACACCUACCAGACGAAGCCGAACACGGCAUUUGCUACUCAGCUGAUGCCACCUCGGAAGCUACUGCCGCCAACUACGGUAAAGAAAUCCUUUGCUGAACAUGUUGCUGCCAAAGGCACGACUCACAUGCAGCCACUACCUGCAUCAGCCUCGACAUACUUUUCCGACCAGACGCAAUUCAGACAGCCGCCCUUCGCCGCACCCCCAGUCUUUUCCGCAACGGAAAUCGAUGGCAAGGCCAUGCUUCCAAAGGUCAAUCGACACUCUCGAGCCGAUGAGCAAGCAGGAGAGCUCUUCUUGGGGGGUGACUACACCACAAGGCAAUACGACCCAAAAGCGCUCGCUGCCCUGCACGGAGGAAGUCAACACAAUGCGACUACGGCCUCGACAGAGGUAAAUCGAACACCGACUAUCCUCAGCGCUGGCCCGCGAAACAGCCAACCCUAUGCCCGUGAUUAUAAGCUGAACUCCAAACUCUUCUAUCCGGAAGGCAUUCCCAGGCCAACCAAGCCCACAACGCUCGCUGGCGAGCGUUACAGCUACCACUUUUCAGCAGAAGCACCGGUAGCACGGGCACCAACUGUACUCCGUCCAGGACACCCAGACUCGACCUACGUCUCACCAACUGUAGGUCAAAUCCCCGCAUACUUCAACACCCACCCCGCUAGUCCUGAUGACAGAAAGGAACCCAACAGGCAUGCCCAGCUCUCCUUGCAGGAAGAAGAAUCCUGGCAAUGUUUCGUCUCUGCGCACCCUACCACGCCAGAGAUGAAGAUCGCAGGAGAACUGGGAUUUGACCUUGAACUCCCCAAGCUCCCCAAGCUCGAGCCGUUGAGCUUGAGCAUGCAGGGAAAGCCAAAAACAAGAAAGGAAGAAAUCAGACUGUCGUCUCGCAUCAGUCGACCAGGACUUUGUGAUUCUUAUAUCGCGAGCCCCAAGGAGCUACCAGCUGCAUCUGCCUCGAAGAUGAAGGCAGGAAGGGGUGGGGUUGAGACGGAGCUUGUUUGCACUUGGGAUCAAGGCGUCUUGAAGGCAUGUGCCUCAAUUGAGACGAUCUCUACGACGCGAUCAUAUGCCCACAAGGCGGUCUAA